CCCCCGCAGCAUCCCGCAGAGCAGCCUGACCGCAGGCUCUGGGGACGGCCUGGGCGCGCGACGGACGAGGUGCGGCCACCCCAAACCAAGCAGCCGGAAAGUGGCAAGGGGACUGGGCGGUGACAGCGGUCAGGGGGCGACCGCCCGAGCCUGGGGGACCCUUUGCAGCGUUCCAGGCGGGGGUCCCCGAGCGAUGUAAGGGCGUAGCCCCGCCAAUCCCAAAGCACGAUUUAUGGUCGCGAGAGAAACAGGCCAAUCGGAAUCCAGGGGCGGCGGCGGCGGAGGGCUGAUAGGACCAAUGGGCUGCGAGCACCGGGCCGGGGCGGGGCCGCGCGGAGUUUCAAAUCUGCUGUGGUGGGCGAAGAGCGUGUGUCGAUCUUCAGGUCUCGGGUAUCAGGCAGAGAGGAUCUAGCGGGCAGAGGAAACUGGACCAAGCACAUGGCGUCUCAGUGGCAGGGCAUGACGGCCUCCAUGCGCAGACGAUCACUCCUAAAGGAGGAACAUCUAGAGAAGGCGGUGGCCCGGUCUGCUGAGAGCCAUCUGGAGACGGGUCCCCUGGGCUCUCUGUGCAGACAGUUCCAAAGGAGGCUGCCACUGAGAGCCGUCAGCCUCAACCUCGGGACUGGCCCCUCCUGGAAACGCCUGGAAACCCCAGAGCCAGAGCAGCAGCAUCCUCGGCUGUACAGGGCCAACCGGGAUGCCAGAGUCGGAGGACAUCCGCGCCUCUCUGGCCAGAUGGGUCUACAUGCCCAUCGACAUCAGCGGCUGAGGAGGGAGGCUGCCCUCCGGAGCCCCUGUUCCUCCACAGAACCUCUCUGCUCUCCCAGUGAGUCUGACAGUGACCUAGAGCCUGUAGGAGCUGGAAUCCAGCAUCUCCAGAAGCUGUCACACAAACUGGACAAAGCCAUCAAGGCCGAAGAGAGUGGUGACAUGACUGUCUCCCUUAUUCGUGAAUGAGGACAGCAGGCAUCCUACAGGAAACAGGCCCUGUCCAGCCACCAAGCCAUCAGGAUGUCCGUGCCACCCACCCCAUGAACUUCCGGAGGAGGCACUGGGCUCAUCAGCAUCCCCAGGCCACUGCUAACAAGGACUUGACUAACAGGGGAUCCAGAAGCCUUCUAUUUUAGCCAUAUCUGGGCCCAUUGGUAACCACUGGCCACAGCCCGAGUGAUUUAGGAAGACCUUGAAGAGGUGAUGGGAACUGCCCAUGCUCUCCAGGAGGACUCAUACAGCACCCUGUUCUCCAGCCUCACAGAGGCCCAUCCAUAUUAGGAAUGUACCUGAAGAUGCUAGACAGUUCUGAACCUUGUAACUAGGACCAAGACCCUGCAGGAGUCAUCCCAUGAAAUCACCCCCUUUAUUCCCAGUGCAGAGAUUCUUGGGGACCACUUUUACCCCUAAUCCCACAGGGCCCCAUAGGAAGAGAGGAGAUAUUUGCAGACUGCAAGCCUGAGCUCUUGGGGCCUACUUAUCAGCUCAGUGUGGGGAACUGGGGUGUGCAGGAAGGGGAACACUGUUCAAGACCAGUUUCUGCUCUUUGUAAAUUAUUUAGGAAAUCUACUAUGUCAUUUUAUUAGAAAGAUACCAGUGUGUCAGUUUCUAGAUCACAAUGCUUUUUCAUAAUUAAAAACUCGCUUUUGACA